AUGUUUCGAGAUGCAGAGCGUGUCUUGCGAAAUAUCGUGUCCUCCCCGUGUGACAUGCAGCCCUCAGGCGGCAGCCUCGCUGGGCCAUCGCAGUUUCCUGAGGCUGCGUCGGAGGAGCGCGAGGCGCCAGCGAAGGAGACUGCCGAUGGGCUGGCCGUCGGCGCGACGCGCACCGAGGCGCCGAGGGCAUCCGCAGACGAGGCGGCAAAGACCGAGGAGGAGAGGGAGCGCCAGCUUUUCGCGCAGCUCGGAGAGGAGAGGAUACAGCUCGCCAUCACGGCGAAAAGGCUGUGCCAGGGGGUGCUCGCGCUUGUGCCUCACCUCGCUACGGUGAUGUCGCCGGACGAGGUGCUCUCCGACCCCGAGCGUGCGAUGGCUUUGAUCCACGAAACGUCUGCUUCAGAGGCGCAUGCGGCGGACGCGUCUGACCUCGAGCCCUGCCUCCCGGAGAUCUCCGUUGAUCUCGAGCGGGACGCCGGCCAACCAGAAGAUGAGCCUCCAUCCGUGCCCCCAUCGCCGCCGCUCUUCAGCACGGUCACGUCUGAGCCUGGUGCACGGGCCUCCGUGCGCGCUGCUGUCUGGCGACGGCCCCUGUUCCUCUGCAGCCUCCUUGGCGCCGUACUCGCGGUCGCUACGUCUGACCUGUCCUCGGUGCCAGCCUUCCGGUGGGGGGCGGCGAGUGCAGCCGCCGGCUUGCUCACUCUCCACAUGCUCGGCACACGCGACAGCACCCGCCUGACUUGCGUGCUGCUCGUCGCGGCCGCGUUUGCCCUUUUGCGCGACGCCAUCACCCUCGCGCCCGCGGUAUUGUCCGCCCAGCUCGACGACGCGCGGGAGGGUGCCGCUGCAGUCGUUCUUCUGGCCGCGUGUUUGGGUGCUUGGCUCGGGACACGGCCGGCGGCGGAUCUCCCGCUCCGCCUCAAGCUCCUGACCUUCAGCCUCGUGGAGGCGUCGGUCGUGUGCGACAACUACCUCCGGCAUACGCGGACCGGCGACAGGGCGAACCUUCUCUUUCCCAAGGUUCACUGGCACGGCCCAUUCGUUGCCAGCGUCCUCGUAGGAGUUGUGGCACGCCCUCGCCAACGACACACCUGA